UGGCCUGAAAAUGCUUGGUGGGGGUCAGACCUAAAAUAGUAUAUCUCUUCUCUCCUCUCUCUCUCUCUCUCUCUCUGCCUUUUUUUUCUUCUUUUUCUUCAUUUUUCCCUCUUUCUUCGUCUCCCCUUCCACUUGAAAUAAAGUAUUUUACGGUUCGAUUACAGCACUUUUUUUUGAUACAAUUUUCAAUCGUGAAGGAAAUCAUUACAAUAUGUCUAAAACAGCCUCGUGGGUCGUACGUGAAUAUAAGCUUGUGAUGGUUGGAGGUGGAGGUGUCGGAAAGUCAGCAUUGACAAUUCAGUUUAUACAAUCGCAUUUUGUGGACGAAUAUGACCCUACAAUUGAAGAUUCCUACCGAAAACAAUGUGUUAUUGACGAAGAAACCGCGUUACUGGACGUUUUAGAUACUGCAGGACAGGAAGAAUAUAGUGCUAUGCGUGAACAAUACAUGAGAAAUGGAGAAGGAUUUUUGUUGGUUUAUUCAAUUACGUCAAGAAUGUCAUUUGAAGAGAUAGAAACUUUUCAUCAACAGAUUUGUCGAGUGAAGGACAGGGAUUAUUUUCCUAUGGUGUUAAUAGCCAAUAAAUGCGACUUGGAAACAGACCGUCAAGUAUCCAGUCAGGAAGGACGAGAUCUAGCAAAGAAAUAUAGAUGCCAUUUUGUAGAAGCCUCAGCCAAACAUCGUAUCAAUGUAGAUGAAGCAUUUUAUGAAGUUGUGAGAGAUAUUCGACGCUAUAACAAAGAGCAAGAAAUGAAUAGUAAUCGAUAUACGAACUCUGGAGGCUAUGGCGGCAGUGGAGGUGGAGGUCGAAAUAGCGGAGGUGCUGGCUUUGAUAGGUUCGGCAUAGACAAUGCGAACGACAAUGCUACUUCAAAAUGCUGUGUAUUAAUGUAAAUAUAUUGUGUGUAUAUUUAUCCUGCUUGAAACCCUUUUAUUAUUUCCUUUCUUUUUCCCUCAAUUAUAUCUAUAGCUUCUACGGGCC